AGCUAAUUAGGCAACAACAGGGGAGACAGUAAGAAGAAGAAAAUAAUUGCAACAAAUUCCAUAAUUUGAAACGUAAAUAACACAAUAUCAACAACAGAUAGAUUGAAUUUUUUCCUUAGUAGGAUAUCCUGUGAAAGACUCGUACUGUAUGAGCUCUAGCGAUUGACCCUACUUAAGUGUUUCAAUAUAGGUAUCAACGCAUUUGAGUUUAAAGUUCGCGUACAAGAGCGGGCGAUAAAUUGCUGACAGACUUUGUGCUAUUUUAAAGAGCGCGUAUAAUGACCAAAGGGCGAGGAUUGUUUUCGUGUAUUUGAGGUCAAUCGUCUGACAUUGGACUAAUAGCACAUAUGUAUUGAACGUUGCUCCAAGACUGUGCAAACAGUCACAAGAUCUCCAAAACUUGCACGGAUAACAUUCAACACAGCAGUGACUGACCGGUUGUGCUGGACAGGACUGUGAAGUUUAACAUGGCGUCCAAAGUCCUGUUGGUCGCCUUUCUGCUGGUCUGUGUGUGCGUGUGUCAUGGCCACGAUCAUCUGAAACAUCAUCAGGGCGAUGAAACAAGCGAAAACCAGCAACCCGUCCGCACCGGAGAGUGCCCUGAGUUCGAGUGCGUGUUGUGCUCGACCCCAGAGUACGACGUGAGGCGGUACAAAAGCGCCCUCUGGGUGUCCACCACCAUGUCAGAUCUGUCCCUCUCCCAGGCCAGCGGCAGGGGACGGAAACGCUUACAUGAGUACUUUGAAGGGGAAAAUGACAAAGGGCUGAAAAUGUCGUACGUCUCACCCUUGAUGACACAGACCCGCAUGCCUUCUGAGAGUCCUGUUAGGGAAAUCACAGUGUCAACGCUUCUUCCUGUGGACGUGGCAAAGAAUCCUCCAAAGCCAACAGAUCCCAGGGUGGUGAUCGAUCUUGUCCCUGAGACCCUCCUUUACGUUAAGAAGUUCCAAGGACGUCCUCCAGGGGUUGGCUUUGUCGCUGACCUGGAGGCCAAAAAAUUCUUCAAAACCCUGAAGGCGAACGACGAGCCAAUUCAUGAGAAUGAAGGCUAUUACUACGUCGCGCAGUAUCCCAUUGACAGCCAAAACAGUUCCACGGGCCACAGCGGACACCUCUUCACCGAGAUUGCUGUUUUCGCCAUGAACGAGAGAACCUACAAGUGGCUGGAGUUCAACGAUCUCACUGCAGUAGGACAGGGACUCCCGAAGUGUCUCCGUGAUGAAGGGAAGACCGUAGUGUGGGAGAAGAUGGACCAGAGCGACAUCCCCCUGUUAACUCGGGAGCAGUGUUCUACAACGUACUGCGAAGCGCCCAAGAAGUGUCCAAAGGUUGAGACAAUGGAAGUGAAGGGUAUUGACGACAAGAGCAUACAACUGAAGAAAAAAAAGGAUAUCAAGGCGUUGUCCUACAUACCGCCCACCUGCUACUACGACACCGCCAUUCACGCGUCUGCCAGUCCGCUGUUGCAGUCUCUAAACACAUCAGAUUUCUCCCCCUCUGACGUUGCUAUGACGAUCACAGUUGUCAUGGAGAAGAGGGAGGAGUUAGAUGGGAAGGAAGGCUGCCAGAAAGUCUUCAAGGUGUUGUAUGCUGCAGGUGGUGGGAAAGGGAGCGUAGAGGAAAUACAGAUGAAUAAGGAGGCUGGCUUCCAGACGCCGAAGACAGUAGAAGCAGUGCACCAGGGACAGACGACUGGUACAAGACACUACUCCAAGUGUUUUGGCGGCAAUGCCUACUACGAGCCGACCACCAUCACUUCCACAGCCAAGAUACUGAUGGAACGACUCAGGGACAAGAAGAAGUGUUUCCUGGGUGAUCACGUCAGUGUGGUAGAAUAUCACCCACAGUCCAGGCUGUUCGACCGCCACAACGAGAUCAACCUUGACGUCGACCUGGACUGUAGUGACCAGGAGGGCCGCCCACCCUUCACCUUCCACCUCCCCGUGAGUAAAGACUACAGCCGGGCUGAGGUGAAGCCAUCGUUGGGCGACCAAUGUGUCACUCACGUGUGCCCAAACAUGACCACCAUCAUGAGGCUUGAGAACAACCUGAAGCUGAUUGAGUAUGGACCAGUAAAGUGGAUCUACUCCAAGCUUCCUGCAAAGAACUGUUACGGCACUAAAUCUUACCACAAGGCUCUGAAUCCCCUGCUGUCUUACUUGAAUGGGGAGAAUGAAGAUGAAAUAGAAAUUGACAUGACCAGACCACUGUAUGGCGGUGGCGAUGUUUAUGUCAGCGAGAAAAAGUGCUACUUGAGCACAUUGAUGCCAGAGAAGUUUUUCGAUAACCCACCAAAGCCCACCAACGAUCAGAUUACCGUCGGAGGUCUUAAAGUAGGCAGCAGGUAUUUCCAGGCCAUGUACAAAGGUACGUUCGAAGCAGUGACCAAACAAGGCUUCAAGGACCUGAAAGAGGAACUGGACAACCUCAAGCCGUUCGGAGUUCAAGUCGAUUUAGAGGACAUGUGGCUUGGUGCCUAUGAUGAUCCAUACCUAGAGGAAAGGCUUUGGAGCCUUGAAAUAGGGCAAAAAAAGGUUACCCAAGAAGGUAGCGAGGACAAGACCUCUACAGAAGCUGGAAAGGAAGAUGUGAAUGAAGACCCAUCAGAUGAGAAUAUACCUCUUCCAAAGCCGGAAGGCUGCAGCGAGUCUGUCUGCCCGACUGUCUAUGUCACUAAGAACCACAGCAACUUCAUGGAGCUGCUACUUCCACAUCGUAGAAGCGUGUGUCACCAGACCAAGCUCUGUGGAGGUCUUCAGGUAUCAGGCAGACAGCUCAUGAGGCCGAUUCUAGGGUAUCUCAAUGGUGACAACAGCGCCAACCAGAAGAUCAACAACUUUGCCGUCCCACUCUUUAAGACCAGACUCUACUCCGCUAAAGAGGAGGAGAAGGGCAUCCCUCCGUGUGAACGUGAGUACCAGGCCUGUGUCAGACUGCCUGAUGACUACAAGGAAAUACCAAAUACGAAUACCGAACGGCUGAGCAUAUUUACAGCCGAUGAACACUUCCGUGGAUACGGCAUCGCCGUGAAGGGUUAUGUCUCUGAGCCUGUCGCAUCAGAGGCAAUUUGGACUUUGAUGCAGACACUUGACGAGGAAAACGUCCCAUAUGAUAAGACUUGGGUGGCGUAUUUCUCAUACGAUAAGCCCCUCAGCAACCCGGAGGAGAAGACAACCUACUUCCUCUUCAUCAAGAUGGGCGAGGACAUUGGAGAAGGACCAACAGAACGUGACUCAAACGAGACGGAGAAUUAGACAACAUACGAAGACCGGCAACGGAAGGCGAAGACAGGACCAUGCACAAGACAUAGCAUAAGAAAUUAUAACUAGCCAUCAGGCCCUGAUAAAUUAGACAUUAACAACUGUUGCCUGCAAUAUUAUAACUCCUAACUUCUACACGCUAGCCAACAGUCAUUCUGCAUGCAUGUUUAAUAAAACGUUGUCAAUUCAUUGCACUGAAAA